CUCUCCUUUUUUUUUCUUCUUUUCCCAACAAAAAAAAAAAUGCAGACAGAUGACAAUCAAAAUCGAACUUUGAGAGGGCCUAGGCAACAACGAUUUCCCAGAAGAGAACCUCGUAUGGCUAUUAAGGUGAUUGUUCCCACCAGAAAAUUCGUGCCACCUUCCUCUCCACCCAUUCCGUACGUUUAUCCACAACCAAAACCAUCUAUCGAAAGAAGAGAAUCCAAAACAGAAUUACUACUCAAUCAAAUUAUUCCUUCUCCUUCAUCUUCAACAAAGAUUAUCGAUGAAGUACGAAAACCUUCUGUGCAAAAAAAGAAAUUACCACCUAGGCCUCCUCCAAAGAAACCUGUGCCUGUCAUUUAUUCUUCCUCAGAGGAUGAAGCAGAAGAGGAAAAUGAUGAUUUUAUUUACAAGGAUCUAUCUCGUAAAAUGAGUGUCCAUGAUAUCACUCUUUCUGAUGACGAUGACGAUGAUGAUGAUGAUGAAGAAGAGGAAGAAGAAGAAGAAGAAGAGGUAAUUCCGCCCGUGAAGCCUUUAGCACGUCAAGUUAGCCUACCACCCAUCCCCAAAAUAUCAGCACCUAGCAACAAUAGCUUACCUCCUAUACCCACUAUUUCAGCACCUGGUUACUCAUCGGACGAAGACAACAACGUUAUUCCCACCAUUUGUGUCCCCGGAGGCUUUUCAGACGAUGAAGAUGUCGUACCAAAAAAGAAAAAAUUAGAUGCCAUCUAUAACGCUCUUUAUUGCGGUGUACGAUGUGAUGGAUGUGAUGGUCCUGUCAGUGGACAAACCUUCAAAACAAACGGAAAGCACUGGCACCCAGAUUGUUUUAAAUGUCAGUCGUGUCGACAAAACCUGGUACAUAUUGCCUAUUACGAAAACAAAGGUCUGCCGUAUUGUGCCUUGGAUUACCACGAACUCUUUAGCCCACGUUGUGACUUCUGCAAGACACCAAUCGAAGAACACUCAAUAUCAGCAUUGGGUAAAACCUAUCAUGCUGGACAUUUCUUUUGUCGUGAAUGCGGAACUCCAUUUAAAGAGGAAUCAAAUAUUUUUGAACAUGAUGGGCACGCUUAUUGUGAAAAAGAUUACUAUAAACAGUUUGGAAAAACCUGUAAAGGAUGUGAAGAAUUGAUUACAGAUACUUUUCUGGUGGCCCUCGGGAGUGAUUGGCAUAAGGAAUGCUUCGUCUGUGCUGAUUGUGGUGGUGCAUUCUCCUCCUCCACCUUUCUGGUGAAAGGUGGAAAACCUUACUGUGAAGACCAUUACGAUGCCAAAAAACCCAAACAGCUACCCUUAAAGAACACUCCUGUCACAACCAAAAAAAGCUUACCUUCAAUACAACCCGAUGAAAAGAUGUGUCAUAAAUGUGUUAAGCCUAUCCAGGGUAGACUUGUAAGUGCUUUUGGCUAUGAUUAUCAUCCAUUGCACUUUCAAUGCUCAACUUGUAAUAAAUUGUUGUCGGCAAGAAUUGCAGGUAAAAACAUCAUGCGCUAUUAUUUACUAUUAUGAUGUACUAAACCAGAUACAAUAGAAUCAUACCAAGAAGGUGAUAACGGCGAGUUAAAAUGUAGAAAGCCUUGUGUUCGUAAAAAUAGAUUAGUGGACAUGUAA